GUAAGAGAUACUAGUCCUUCCCGUCACAAUGUUACUUUCAGUUUCCGAUAUAUUUUUUCAUUUCCUCGUAGAGACAUUAUAUCCCUCACACGCCGAGAUCGUGAUCACAGACGCAGGACUCCCCGGUCAUGGCUGACAGUAAGCACUUUGUGGACAGACAUCGGGAGGCUCUGAUAAGUCGGAUGUAUGCAGUAGAUGGUGUCUUAGAUGGUCUUCUGCAAGCGAAUCUGUUGGACGAUGAACAUUAUGACCGAGUGCGGUGCCAGAACACGUCGCAGGACAAGAUGAGAGAGCUGUACACUUAUAUACGAGGCUGGGGAAACAAAGACAAGGACACAUUAUUCAAUAUUCUACUAAACAAAAACAGGCCGCUCAUCCAAGACCUGCUGAGCCCAAACAAUGCUUAGAAAAAAUAGAACUAGGUCUGUUUAUAUGAGUAGAGAUGUGUUCCUGGGACCAACGUCUGAGUGAGAGGAGUCCAUCACAUGGGACCAUCGGCGACACAGAACCGUCUGUCCGAUUACCUUUCUAUCUGUUGUAGCCGAU